CAUUUUAUCAAGCAGCGUGAGCAUGCGCAGUAUGGUUGCCAUUACCAACCAUCCACGCCGUGUUGUAAAUAGUGCAGCAUCACGACUUGAAAAUUUUGCCGAAUUUAACGAUAAAAAACUCUAUCAAAUCAGCAACUAUGCCGGCUGUGGGGGACGAUGUUCCGAUGUACUGCUCACAGCAGAUCAACAUCCCGCCCGAUCUUCCUGACAUUUUGAAGCAAUUCACCAAAGCUGCCAUCCGCACCCAGCCCAACGAUGUCUUGCAGUGGUCAUCAGCGUACUUCCAUGCCCUUGCCAAAGGUGAAACCCCUCCGGUAAAAGAACGGCUUGAGAUGCCCAUAGCCACACAGAAGACAGACACUGGCCUGACCGCUGGAAUAUUAUCAGUCCUUAACCGACAGCUUGGACCAAAGAAAUUGGUGAAGUUGGCCGAUUUGGAGCAGAAAUGGAAGGAUAACUGUCUGCCGAAUGAGAGACUGUACAGCCUGAUUCAGCUGGGUAGCUUCGGUGAUGAGAUCGAAUGGCUCAAGUUCUUUGCAUUGGCGUGCUCGGCCCUCGCUGGGAACAUCACAAGUGCCAUGAAGGUGAUCUGUGAGAUCUUGACCCGCGACCCUGAGGGUGGAGCUGCCAGGAUACCCUUUGACCUCUUCAAGGAGCUGUACACAUACCUGGCCCAGAUCGAUGGAGAAAUCUCAGAGGAACAGAUCGAGAGCGUCUUCACAUACCUGCAGUAUCAUGUUGACAAGCAAAGUGGAGUUGUGCAGCCACGAAACUUCCUAAAUCCCGACUGCCCCAAACUGGGUCCAUAGAACAUGCUUCCCAAAAUCGACCUUCCUGUAUUAAUGUUAAGUUGAUUUGUUUGUAUUUUUAUUUUAUUGCAAAAAUGUAUUCACUAAAAGUAAUUUAAGUUUUACUCCAGUGACACUGAACUAUCUUUUAAUAGAUUUGAUUUUUUUUUUUUUAAUAAAGAAAUUAUUCUUGGUUUAGAUGACAAAAACAAAGCAGUGUAAGAACUAAACGUGAUCACUUUUUUGUUCAUAUGUUGUUCAAAGCACUAGAAAUUAAUUUUGAUGAAUAUGUCCCUCCACAAGUAAUAAAUGUAUAAACUUGCAUCACGUUCAUGUUUAGAACAAACUUUUUCAAAUGGAUCCAAAAAGUGGCAUUUUUUUCCUAGUAGUAUGUAUAUAUUAAACUAAAUUAGCAGUUUUAACGUAAUAUUUGGAGUUAACAGAAUGUACAGAAAUGUACCGCUUUGAGAUGAAAUAAAUUUGUUGAAGCUUUUAGAAACUGUUUGAACCUGUA